AUGGUCCCAUCUCGAUUCCAAUCGUUCCAAGGCGCCGCUUCGAGCGCAGCCUCUUACGCAACUGCACCGAGUUUCAUUUCGUUUGGACACGACUACACAGUAGAGCGUAUUUGCUCCACAUCUCAAGACAUCGCCGAUUAUAGGAUCAUAGCAAACGCCUUCCAUGGCCUAGAAAACAUUCAACAUCUCAUUUCCUACUUGUUGAAACAGCGAUCAGUUGUUAUGCUCACAUACAUUCCUGGAGGCUACUACGGCGAAUUAGAUGUGUUUGCUAUUAUAUUCAUCAUCACUGCAAUCAUUAUGAUCAUAAUAAUGAGCGUUUAUUGUUGUAUAUUGAUAAGGCUGCAUUUUUUGCAGCGAAAUCUACCAAAAGAGCAGGUUGUGGUUAUGGCUCCUGCUUAUCCUGCUGUGCCACCGCACGCCGUUGUCUACAGUACAACUCCUGUCACCAGCAUGGUCUCCGUUCAACCGGAAAGUGAUCAAGAAACACCAGCAGCUCCAAAAACUCCGUACUACCAGCAUUAUUACCUGGUUCACAUGGAUAGACCACCGCAUGGAAAUCAUUUCUAUCAACCACAGCAAAUCCUCACACCUGCCCCUACACGCCUUUCCUGCUAG